AUGGGAUUUGAAAUUUGAAUGAAUUCGUCGGUAUACGAAUAUGGGAAUCAAGUUGUGGCAAUGGAUUAUAUAAUCUAGUGUUCGAAUUCUCUUUGCAGCCCUGUCUCAAGGGGCUCUCAUGUUUUACUAAUAUUCUCGUUCAAGAGUUCUUACAGCACAUGAUAAACAGCUUUGGGAAAAAACUUGAACAAGUAUGGUAAUCAUCAUAACACGAAAAGCUAAUCCACUUGUAAGUGGUAAUUCAGAGGGGGGAGUAGGGUGUAUACCCGUAGUCCCCAAUUUUCAAAUUCAAAAAUUGCUUCUCAGCAAGUCAAGGGAAAAACAGAGGGAUCAUGCUUCACCAGAGCAGAGGGGUCACACCCAACCAGAACAGAGAGGUCCCUGACAAUCGUAAGCCGCGAAAGUUGGUCGUGCCAUCCGGGCCUUCCAUGCUCCGCGCAGAGGUUCCUGACAAUCGUAAGCCGCGAAAGUUGGUCGUGCCAUCCGAGCCUUCCAUGCUCCGCGCAGAGGUUCCUGACAAUCGUAAGCCGCGAAAGUUGGUUGCGCCACCCGGGCCCUCCAUGCUCCGCGCAGAGAUAGCACUUAAUCAUAAGCCGCGAAAGUUGGUUGCACCCCCCGGGUUUUCCAUGCUCCGCGCAGAGGUUGCUUUAACCGUAAGCCACGAAAGUUGGUGGCACCCCCCGGGUCCUCCAUGCUCCGUGCAGGGUGUUCCUGUCAAUCGUAAGCCGCGAAAGUUGGUCGUGCCAUCCGGGCCUUCCAUGCUCCGCGCAGAGGUUCCUGACAAUCGUAAGCCGCGAAAGUUGGUUGCGCCACCCGGGCCCUCCAUGCUCCGCGCAGAGAUAGCACUUAAUCAUAAGCCGCGAAAGUUGGUUGCACCCCCCGGGUUUUCCAUGCUCCGCGCAGAGGUUGCUUUAACCGUAAGCCACGAAAGUUGGUGGCACCCCCCGGGUCCUCCAUGCUCCGUGCAGGGUGUUCCUGUCAAUCGUAAGCCGCGAAAGUUGGUCGUGCCAUCCGGGCCUUCCAUGCUCCGCGCAGAGGUUCCUGACAAUCGUAAGCCGCGAAAGUUGGUUGCGCCACCCGGGCCCUCCAUGCUCCGCGCAGAGAUAGCACUUAAUCAUAAGCCGCGAAAGUUGGUUGCACCCCCCGGGUUUUCCAUGCUCCGCGCAGAGGUUGCUUUAACCGUAAGCCACGAAAGUUGGUGGCACCCCCCGGGUCCUCCAUGCUCCGUGCAGGGUGUUCCUGUCAAUCGUAAGCCGCGAAAGUUGGUCGUGCCAUCCGGGCCUUCCAUGCUCCGCGCAGAGGUUCCUGACAAUCGUAAGCCGCGAAAGUUGGUUGCGCCACCCGGGCCCUCCAUGCUCCGCGCAGAGAUAGCACUUAAUCAUAAGCCGCGAAAGUUGGUUGCACCCCCCGGGUUUUCCAUGCUCCGCGCAGAGGUUGCUUUAACCGUAAGCCACGAAAGUUGGUGGCACCCCCCGGGUCCUCCAUGCUCCGUGCAGGGUGUUCCUGUCAAUCGUAAGCCGCGAAAGUUGGUCGUGCCAUCCGGGCCUUCCAUGCUCCGCGCAGAGGUUCCUGACAAUCGUAAGCCGCGAAAGUUGGUUGCGCCACCCGGGCCCUCCAUGCUCCGCGCAGAGAUAGCACUUAAUCAUAAGCCGCGAAAGUUGGUUGCACCCCCCAGGUUUUCCAUGCUCCGCGCAGAGGUUGCUUUAACCGUAAGCCACGAAAGUUGGUCACACCCCCCGGGUUUUCCAUGCUCCGUGCAGGGUGUUCUUUCAAUCGUAAGCCGCGAAAGUUGGUUGUGCCACCCGGGCCCUCCAUGCUCCGCGCAGAGAUAGCACUUAAUCAUAAGCCGCGAAAGUUGGUUGCACCCCCCGGGUUUUCCAUGCUCCGCGCAGAGGUUGCUUUAACCGUAAGCCACGAAAGUUGGUUACACCCCCCGGGUUUUCCAUGCUCCGUGCAGGGUGUUCUUUCAAUCGUAAGCCGCGAAAGUUGGUUGCACCCCCCCGGGUCUUCCAUGCUCCGCGCAGAGUGUUCAAGCUUGGAUGGGAAGCAGCAAAGGAAUGCAUACAAAGGAGGGAAGCAACUGAGGAAUACUCCACCGUGAUUUCACUGCUCUGCCGUGAUUUCACUGCUCUACUGUGAUUUCGCCGCUCUGCCGUGAUUUCACUGCUCUACCAUGAUUUCACUGCUUUGCCGUGAUUUCACUGCCCUACUGUGAUUUCACUGCUCUGCAGUGAUCCCAAUGCUCAGCCACCGUCCGUGAUCCCAAUGCUCAGCCACCGUCCGUGAUCCCAAUGCUCAGCCACCGUCCGUGAUCUCAAUGCUCAGCCACCGUCCGUGAUUUCAAUGCUCUACCGGGAUCUCAAUCCUUUGUCGGGAUUUCAAUGCUCUUCCGGGAUUUCAAUCGUCUGUCGGGAUUUCAAUGCUCUUCCGGGAUUUCAAUCCUCUGUCGGGAUUUCAAUGCUCUACCGGGAUCUCAAUCCUUUGUCGGGAUUUCAAUGCUCUUCCGGGAUUUCAAUCCUCUGUCAGGAUUUCAAUGCUCUACCGGGAUUUCAAUCCUCUGUCGGGAUUUCAAUGCUCCGCCAUGACUUUAAUGUUCUGCUCUGAAAGGGCAUGUCUAUGCUCUGACCGGGCUGCUCUGAAAGGGUAUUUCUCUGCUCUGACUGGGCUGGUGUAUUUCUCUGCUCUGACCGGGCUAUUCUGAUGGGAAUUUCUCUUAUCUGAUAUGUAUUUCUCUGUUCUGACGGGCAGUUCUCUGAGCUGAUAAACAUUUCUCUGCUCUGAUCGUGCUGGGUAUUUCUCUGUUCUACUCUACGGGCUACACUAUUUUGCGUCUCUGCUCUAUGGGCUGUUUUGAUCUAUUCUAAUCGCUGCUCAGCGAGGAAUAAGCCGCCUCUUGGGCGUGCCACUGUUAUCUAUUGGUCUUCUCACGCGCUGGAUUUCUUACGCGCUCAACAACAGGGUAUAUUGUUCAGACUCGAUAAAUAUUUAUGAUGGGUUUUCUCACAUGAUCAGAGUAUCAUAUUUCUCACUUCGACAUGGACUUUCCUAUGUUAUUCGGGUAUUCUUGCAACGGUCUUCUGAUUUAUCUAACACAAAGCAUUCAUAUUGCUUAUCUAUGCAAAGUAUUCAAUAUGGGGUAUUCUCAGCGCUGGUUUUCUUAUGCGCCCAAAGAAAUGGAAAUUAUUUAUCUUUGUCAACAUUCAACAAACAAGAAGGAAAUCUAACUUGGAACUACAAUUCCAAAGUCAAGGGAAAAAUGCUUAUCUUUGCUUUCUUAUAAUAUUAAAACUCUUAUGUCUUCAUGAUUUGCAGGGAUUAAGGAAAACAGCGCAGCGCUGGCUUUAAUUAUACUUCGCUGGUUGAACACGAAGAAUACCCGGUUCAACCAGACUAGGGGGGAGUGGUUGAUGAGGAGUGAUAUGUGCAUAGUAGGAAAAUGGUGUAAACCAGAGAAGUCAUCCUCGCCAGAGGAAUCGCAUCUGACAGAGAAGUCAUCCUCGCCAGAGGAGGCGUAUUUACCAGAGAGGUCAUCCUCGCCAGAGGAGGCGUAUUUGCCAGAGAGGUCAUCCUCGCCAGAGGAGGCGUAUUUGCCAGAGAGGUCAUCCUCGCCAGAGGAGUCGUGUUUGCCAAAGAGGUCAUCCUCGCCAGAGGAGUCGUGCUUACCAGAGGAGUCACCUCCGCCAGAAACAUCAACAUCGCCAGAGAAGACGCCCUCGCCAGAGAAGACAUUUUCACCAGAGGAGUCACUAAAAGCGCGGGGAGGUCUCCCGCGUAAAACCGAAAUUACUAUCUUACCCUUCAAUGUCUUAAAGGGGCUUAAGCCCAAUUAUCUUAGGGAAUGGGCUUGAGGCCCUAAGGAUUAUUUACAUGCUUAUAAAUAGAGACUUAGGAGUGGGUUA